AUGGGUAGAGGAAUAAGUAGUGGUGGUGGUCAGAGUUCAUUGGGCUAUCUCUUUGGCAGUGAAGAGACUGCCAGCAAUGUCCAGAGUGCAAACAAUCAAGGUCAUUCUGCAAAUGGUGGGCGUUCUCAAAAUGCUAGUGUUGCUUCACCACCAAUUGAUAAGCAAAUUCAAGCCGGAAUUCCCAGUGUUACUUCACCACCAAUUGAUAAGGGAAUUCCGGCUGGAAUUCCUGGGAAUCUCAAAAACAAUUAUCAUCGUGCGGAUGGACAAAACUGUGGAAACUUUCUAACUGAUCGACCUUCUACCAAGGUUCAUGCUGCCCCUGGUGGUGGAUCUUCCUUGGACUACCUCUUUGGUGGUCCUGGGAACUAAUUCAUUAUUGUGAAGAAUGCUUUUCAUUCAAACCUACAAUGUGUAAAAUAG